AUGGGUGGCUGCCAAUUCUGUCAUAUUCACAAAGAUAGGUUGGAGGCCAAUCUGCAGAGACCCGGAAAGCAGAUUCGUGUCCGGCUGAAGAGGACCAUGCACAACCUCCUGCAAGCUCGAGAGACCUCGCCGGACAGGGCCCACGAGGAGUUGCAGCGCUGGGCGCGGGGCAGCUGCUUUGCGCGAAACCUUCUGGCAGGCUACCUGGACCGAGAAGGACAAGAGCACGUCGAACAACAGGGAUUGAACAGAAUCCAUGUCCAAGAUCAGACUUUGCCAAGUCGUGUUUCGGAUGCCGAGCUCUUCUCCUUCCUGAAAGGUGUGCCGUUGUCACUCUAG